AUGACUGCAGUUCCUACUCUGGUUAAUACCAUAGACUUUAGGUAUGUUUCCAUCCCUCCAAGAUUCGAAUCUCAUGAUUUUGGAUCUUGGAAGGAAAGAAUGCUUCUACAUAUUGUAGGAGUUGAACCUUACCUAAUGACCAUCUUAACCAAAGGUCCUUACAUACCGAUUCUGAUUACCAGGACACCAGGAGCCACCACUGAUGCUCCUGAGAUUGUCACUGAGCUUAUUAAACCAGAAGGACAAUGGACAGAUGACGAGCGUAGGCUUGUUAAUCUAGAUGCUAGGUUAAAAAAUCUCAUUAUAAAUACUAUUCCUGAUGACAUUAUGAAAUCUGUCAUCAAACUUUCCUCUGCUAAGAAGGUAUGGGACAAUCUUUGUACCAGAUUCGAUGGUACAGAAGAUGUCCUUGCCACUAAAAAGAUUGAUCUGAAGCGUGCCUAUGAAGGAUUCUUCUCUCUUCCAAAUGAGAAUCUGGAUGACACUUACAAUCGCUUGAAAUGUCUGUUGAAUGAUAUGACUAAUGCUGGCAUUGAGCAUGAUAUGCUUGAAAUUCUCCGCACCACCAAGCAACUUAAGUUGCAUGACUUGGAAUCACUUUAUGGCACUCUUCAAUUUGAAGAGAGAGCCCUUGCUCAAAACUUAAGAGCAGAAGCUGAUUCCAAGAGGCAUGCUGGCUCAUCUUCUUCCUCCUCUCUAUCUAAUAAUUCUUAUUCUCAUGACCCUCUUGCCCUGGUCUCUGCUGAAGUUGACUCCAUCCAUGUCAAUAGUAGCUCUGCUACCCCAUCUCAUCUACAAGAUCUUGUCAAUGACCUCGAUAUUGAGGAGAGACAGGAAAUGUUCUCAGACUUCAUGCAAUUUGCUCUCAUCGCUGGUAAGAGAUAUUCCAAAAAAUGGAAUAGUCGCAAGUCGACUUUCUCUCAAAAACCAGUAGUCGACAAAUCGCAAGAAGAAUGUUGGAGAUGUGGUCGUAAAGGCCACUACCAAAAAGAAUGCAAUGUUUCUAUUCCUUCCAUUCAGGCAGCGAAGCCCUCUUCUUUCUCCUCAGCAAAACCCUCCUCAGUCAAGCCUGCUGAUGAAUACAAAAAGAAGUACUACGAGCUUCGUGCUAAGAUGGCUGACGUUGAGGAAGCUAAGCUUCCUGCCAAGAGUCUUGUUGCUGAACAACAUGACUGGGCAGACUCUGAUGACUCUGAAGCUGAUGAGGAAGAGUAUGUUGAUGCCAUUUGUCUUCUGGCCUUUGCUGAUGAUCAAGCGCUGACAAAAGAUCAAGUCUGUUCCAGUCAGUGGGUGAAUGUCACUCUCAAGAAGGUAUGCAAUUUUUCCUCUGCUUCUGAAGAAAAUAAGUCAGAAAUUUUUGAGUCGCUUACUUGUGACAUUCAAUUUGUUGAAUCAAUUCAUGUUGAUCUUCAAACUAAGCUUAACUCAGUUAGUGCUGAGCUAAGUGAUAAAAAUGACAAGCUCAAGGACCUUCGAAGUGUCCAUGUUGAGCUUGAGUCUCAAAAACUUCUUAAUCACAAUCUUCAGAAAUCAAAUGAAGAUUUAAAAAAUAAGGUCGCUGACCUUGAAAAAAUUGUUAUCUCAUGGUCUAAAGCCUCCAAGCUUCAUGACCAAGUUUUCAGCAAGCUGAUGCCUACUCAAAUCAACGCCAUUAUUGGUGGAGAUUAUGAGACUGCUGCCCUUGUUACCAAUCACUUUGGUGACAGUCCUGCUGCUGAAGAAAGAAUUCCUCCAAGUGCUGUUGUUUCUAGUGAAGAAAUGAUGAAGUAUUACUUCACCAAAGGAGUAAACGAUUAUCACUCCGAGCUUGAUAAUGUGUAA